UCUGAAGUGAAGAACUUCAGUUGGGAACGAAGGUGUCACCGUUAAACACUGUUGAACCAGUUGUGCGAGAUUUGACAGCCAGGGCGGAAAACUUUCAUCACUGGACGUCUGAAGAAUAUUAUACAGAAACUGAGAAAGAAACCGGAAAGAUGGAGUGAUGGUGGAGGAACUGACCACAUGGGUCGGCAUAUGGCGUGUUGAUUCAGCAAGAUUCUCCACUGUACCCGGACAACUAUUACACUUGUGGAGUUUCUGGUACGACUAACAGGGUUUGUAUCGAGUGAGUGUACCGUGACAACGGACCAAGCCCUGCGGGGUGAACCCUGACCAUGUCCGACAAGGGUGAGGACUCACCACCCGGUGGAACACAAGGAGGUGGUGACUCGACCUCUGUCAGCUCUGGCUCAACAUCGGCCGUUCCCGUGGGGUCCAGGGUCCUACUCUACAGUCAAAAGGGAGAAUGGGUGGCCGUAGAACAAGUACUGAGAAGCCUCGGGAAGGGAGACCCGGAGAUCCACACCACAGAAGAAGAGACAGGGGUGACCCCUUUGAUGAUUGCUGUGCGGGAGAACAAAUUGGUUGUGGCAGAGCGACUACUUGAACUUGGAGCAAACCUGAACGACAGGGCAAAGGAUGGCCGAACAGUCAUGCACUUUGCUGCUGCCAGUGCCAAAGACGAGGUUGUCAAGCUUCUCAUCGCCAAGAAAGCAGAUGCUACUAUCCCUGGAGGGCAAAAGGAACAGUUGCCUCUCCACACAGCAGCAUCCAGACCCAGUGGAGCCAUAAAUGUGGUACAGAUGCUCCUGAAGGUUUCUGGGAAGGAGGGACGGCUGGUACAGGACAAGGAUGGAAACAUUCCCAUUUUUCUGGCCACAGAAGCAGGAAACUUUGCUGUCUGCAAAGAGCUGCUGUCUCAGUACACAGAACAGCAAGUCAUCAUGCAAAGGAAGGAUAAUGGAGACUAUCUGCUGCACAUGGCUUGCCGCAGGAAGGACCAGGAACUAGCCAAACUAUUUCUGGACAAUGGGGCCAAUGUUAAUGCGCAAAACGAGGAGGGUCACACAGCACUGCAUAUUGCAGCAUUUGAGGGAGAUGAAGCAAUGAUCAAAUACCUACAGACAGCCAAGGCGGAUGCCAAUAUUGUGGACAAGCUGGACAGAUCGCCACUCCACAUCUCAGCAGAGAAAGGCCAAACAAACGUAGUGGAGGUAUUGGUGGACAAAUUCAAGGCCUCUGUCUUGGCAAGGACAAAGGAUGGCAGUACUUUGAUGCACAUUGCCUCCCAGUGUGGUCACCCUGAGACAGCCCUCACCUUCCUGAAGAAAGGAGUGCCUCUUCACAUGCCAAACAAGGCUGGUGCAGUGUGCCUACAUGCUGCAGCCAAGAGAGGCCACACUGCAGUAGUGAAGGCGCUUCUGCAGAAGGGUGCAGUGGUGGAUGCAAGGACAAAGGAUAACUACACAGCUCUGCACAUAGCUGUGCAGUUCUGUAAGCCCAUGGUGGUGCAGACACUGCUGGGGUUCGGAGCUCAAGUGGGCAUCCGUGGUGGAAAGAAUCUGGAAACUCCCCUCCACAUUGCAGCACGGGUGAAGGAAGGGGACAAGGUGGCAGAGAUGCUGCUUAAGUCUGGGGCAGAGGUCAACGCUCCUCAAGAGGAUGGAGAGACUGCCCUACAUAUAGCUGCCCGCCAUGGCAACAUCAAGAUGAUGCAGGCCCUAAUGUAGGAUGGAGGUGACCUGACUAAUUUUGUACAGAUGGGAGAAAAUCCAUUGCACAUUGCUGUACGGUACUGCCACUGGGAGUUGGUCAGUGCCAUCAUCAACUACCUGGUCUCUGAGAAGACUAGGGUGGAUGCUGUCAUUUGUAUCAACACACAGACAAAUGAAGGGGAAACUCCUGUGCACUAUGCAGCAGAGACCACUAAGGACAUGUGUCACUUUGAAGGGGAAGAUAUCCGUAUCAUGCAGAUGUUACUGGAGUUUGAUGGUGAUGUCAAUAUGGCAACCAAACUGACUCAGGAGACCCCCAUGCACUACUGUGCUCGAGCCGGAAAUGAAGACGUCCUACAGGAGAUGGUCAAGAACAUAGGGGCUCACAAAGUCCAACAUGCUGUCAACAAACAGGCUAAGAAUGGCUGGUCUCCACUGCUGGUGGCAAGUGAACAGGGCCAUUUGUCUAUUAUGAAGAUCCUUCUACAGAACCAUGCCAGGGUGGAUGUCUUUGAUGAGCAUGGCAAAGCAGCGCUACAUCUUGCUGCAGAGAAUGGCCAUAAGGAGGUUUCAGACGUGCUGCUUUGGCACAAGGCAUUUGUCAAUGCCAAGUCCAAGAUGGGCAUAACUCCACUGCAUCUGGCAGCAAUGAAUGGCUUUGUGGAACUGGUCAAACUGCUGAUCGAAACACAUGGGGCAACAUUGGAUGCUCUUACACUGGCCAAGAGAACACCUCUCCACAUGGCAGCCCAAAAUGGUCAGCUUUCUGUCUGUAAGACUCUGCUGGACAUGAAGGCAGAUGCCAACUUUGUGGACACGCAUGGACAAACUCCCUUCCACCUGGCAGCAGAGAACGAUCACUCUGAAGUUGUGCAGAUGUUCUUGAACUAUAAGCCUGAGCUGGUCAACAUGGCUAAUGCAGAAGGGAACACCUGUGCUCACAUUGCUGCCUUCAAGGGCAGUGUUGCUGUGAUCAAAGAGCUGCUGAAGUUUGACAGGGUUGGAGUCUGCUCUGCAAGGAACAAGAUCAACGCCUCUACUCCACUCCACCUGGCAGCUGAAGGUGGCCACAAGGAGGUGGUGAAGACACUUGCAGACAAUGGUGCAUCUGCCACUGAUGAGAAUGGAGAGGGAAUGACUCCCAUCCACCUGGCAGCAAAGUCGGACCACACCAAUGUGCUGGACUCACUCCGAGGGGCAGCUGACCUCAAGACUCCCAGUACAAAGACUGGAAUGACAGCGCUUCAUGUGGCAGCCAUGUAUGGUCAGGUCGACUUUGUACGAGAGAUGCUCCAGUCUGUCCCGGCAACAGUGAAGAGUGAGCAGCCAAUGACAACUGAUUCCUCAAAGGAAGUAGAGUACGGGUUCACACCGCUUCAUCUGGCGUCUCAGUCUGGACACGAGGGCCUCGUGAGGGUCCUGCUCAACUACCCUGGCGUCCAGGCUGAUGCACAGACAGCUGUACAAGGUUCAAUCCCCCUUCAUCUGGCUGCAGCAAACGGGCACACGUCUGUUGUUGGCCUUCUGCUGAGUAAGUCCACAACUCAGCUGCACAUUAAGGACAAGCGUGGCCGCACAGCCCUGCACCUGGCUGCAGCCAAUGGGCACCUGGAUAUGGUAGCUCUACUACUGGGGCAAGGGUCAGACAUCAAUGUAUUUGACAAGAAUGGAUGGACUUCCCUCCACUUUGCAGCCAAAGCAGGGUUCCUGAAUGUUGUGAAGCUCCUGGUGGAGAGUGGGGCUUCUCCCAAGUUUGAAACUAAGGAUGGCAAGGUGCCCAUCUGCUAUGCUGCCUCCUGUCAGCACCAUGAUGUGCUGAGUUACCUGAUGAAGAAGGACCAUAACACCACAUUACUCAUGGAUGACAAAAAGUUUGUGUUUGAUCUGAUGGUGUGCGGAAAGAUGAGGGAUAACCAGUGCAUCGAGGAGUUUGUCUUGGUGUCUCCCGCUCCAGUUGACACAGCUGCCAAGUUGUCUAAAAGCUUUGAGCUCCUUUCCUUCAAGGAAAAGGAGAGAGCAAAGGAUCUCAUGAAUGCCGCUAAAUACUGUGAGGAGAUGGCCACAGAACUCCUGGCCAUUGCCUCUAGCAACAACAAUGCCGGUGCACUGCUACGUUCCAUGGACUGCCGCAGCACGCCAUUUCUUGAUGUCCUGAUCGAGUGUGCGCAGAAGGAUGUGGUAGCCCAUCCCGCUGUGCAGAAGUAUCUAACAGAUGUGUGGAUGGGAGUGAUGAAGACGUGGGCCAGCUGGAAGAUCAUGCUCCUGUUCUUAGGUUUUCUGAUCUGCCCCCCUGUGUGGGUCGCAUUCUCCAUCCCGUUGGGCCACCGUUACAACAAAGUACCUGCAAUCAAACUGAUGAGCUACAUAACAUCCCACUUUUUUCAGAUUGGGUUAUUUGUGAUAAUGAUUGUAGCUCCCAUAUACCCGUUAUCUGAUAACCUGUUCAACUUGAUGCCUAACUGGAAUGAGUGGCUAUUAUUGGCAUGGAUGUCAGGAAAUCUGGUUUCCGAACUGACCAAUCCAGGAGACAGGCAAGGUCUAGGUUGGAUCAAGAUCAUCAUCAUAGCGAUUUGUGCAAUAGCUGCAUUCUGCCACCUCUUAGCGUUUGCAUUUACUGGGAACACCAGACUCGAUUGUCUGUCAGCACGAAACCAGCUUCUUGGAUUUUCUUUACUGCUGAGUUUUGUGCAGUUUCUUGAGUUUCUAUCAUUUCACCACCUGUUUGGACCUUGGGCAAUCAUUAUCAGAGACUUAAUGAAAGACAUGGUUCGCUUCUUGGUCAUUCUGCUAAUCUUCAUGGCAGGUUUCACCCUCCACCUUGCUGCAGUUUACCAGCCUGUCUACCCACCUCCCACAGUUAGCUCUGGAGAUGGAUCCAUUGACCAGACCUAUACAAUCCAGACUCCUGACAAAACAUUUGAAAUUCUAUUUUUCUCAUUGUUUGGGCUGAUAGAACCUGAUAAUCUCCCAACUUUGAGUACUCGGCAUCCAUCAUUCAUACCUCUUUUUGUAAAGAUGGUCUUUGGCACUUACAUGAUGGUUGCGAUUAUCGUACUCAUCAACCUUCUCAUUGCCAUGAUGUCUGAUACUUAUCAGCGGAUUCAGGCACAGUCAGAUAUUGAGUGGAAAUUUGGACGUGCAAAGCUGAUUCGCAACAUGAACAAAACAUCAUCAGCACCAUCACCCUUGAACCUGAUAACCAAGUUGUUCUCCUACCUAAGGCUGGUCUACAAAGUCAAGUGCCGCCUCUGCAGCCCACAGAUGCAUGAGUACAUGCAAGAAGAGGAUGACCAAGAUGGCAUCUCAGAUGCACGGUCUGUUGAUGUACUUCAACACUCAGGAGGGGCAGGGUUUUUUCGUGGACUGAAGAAGCGGAGUACACAGGUUGGGCCAGAAGGACCGUACUUGGCCUCUGCUACCCACUCCGGACCGCAGCGUAUUGAAGAUGUGGUUGACUGGGAGGAAGUUGUAAACAAGUAUUUGGCAGCAAAAGGCGUAUCCGAUAGUGCAGAGAAAGAGGCAGACGGCCCACGCCAGCUGGAUGAGCUGAACAACACCAACGAGAAAGCCUCAUCUGGAGUUGAUGGGAAGAAGGACAAGUAGAGACAUUUGUUUGGUGUUACAGCAAAAUUAAAACCCAAGUAGAGGUAUAGCAACCGAAUUCUGUUGCAGCAUGACAGUGUCAAAUAUCAUUGUCAGCAGGAAAAGAUGGACUUAAAGAAAUUUAUGUAUGAUUGGAGCGGGUCAAUUGAGGGUUUCUCUGAGAGAGUAACAGUGCCCUGUCAUGAGAGUUAGAGAAUAUAUGGGGAGUACAAUAAAUUGUUGCUCCAGCUAGAAGAAAAGUCUUCAAUUAGAUGAUUAUCAGGUUUCCAGCAGUGAAAUGGCAGUGAAUCAUUAGAAAAGAGAUCAAAUUAUAUAUUUGUGUGAAUUAAAAUGCAGCAGCAGUAAUUUACAUGACUGUGUGUUAACACAAUAUAAUUAAACAUACUUUGUAUAUCAAGGGAACAUAUCCUAUUGUGAGGUAUUUUUCUGCAUGUAAG